AUGAAGUACCUCCCAGUCCAAGAGUUCGAGGCCGUAACCGGCGCUCUCAAUUUCAACACGCCCGACUGCAAUGUUACAGGCGGGUGCGAUCUAUACACAACUAAGUCUACCGGAUCCGAUAAGAAACUCUACAAGAACAUCGACAAAGAUCUCAGUUCUCAACAUGCCGCGUUGCUCAAACUGGGCGCCAGCCUGUCACCCCCCGACAGAGAGCACAUGCUCGCAACAUCGCGCAGCAUGCAACUCUUCUCACACUCGAGCGCAUUUGGCCCGCUGUCCGAGCUUUCUAGUCGGCGGACGUUUGCUUACCUGAUUGCGACGCUCAACGCAAGCCACCCUCACUACGACUUCUCCCACGUCCUGCGACCCGGCGACUUUAAGCGUGAGAGGAACCUGAAGCGUGUCAUGGCCAACCUUGACUCGAUUCUGCAAAACACACGACCUGGCUUCGAUUUAGGCUCCUCGUAUGAUUCCUCCGCUGGCAGCGACGUCAACGCCCAGUGGGGGCCUCAGUGCUGGUCUUUGAUCAACAAAGAGAUGCGCUUGAACGAGUGCACCAUCUUCAGCUACCACCCAGAGGUCGACCCCUUUGAGGAAGACGAAAGCGCCAUUUGGGCGGUGCACUACUUCUUUUUCAAUCGAGCGCUUAAGAGAGUUGCCUAUCUCUAUGUCCGCGUCGUCCCCGUCAUCUCAUCACAGAGCCCAACAUUGAGACCCGUAAAGGGGGGCGUCCAUAAGCGACACACGGCGGUCGAGUCAGACGGCGCAAAGAAGCGCACAAAGUAUUGGCUAGGCGAUCAGGACGCUGAGCUAGUACCGCCGUACGAGGACGACGAAGAGCCGUUGGACGAUGGCCUGUACUGGAACCGUGGUGAAGACGGCGAUAUUGUGCAGUUUUCAGACGACGACUUUGCUGAAGAUGAGCCCGUUGACGAGGAUGAAGACGAAGAUGACGACUACGACAUGACGAGUCCUAGGCGGGAGAGACUUAUGAGCGAAGAUGUCGCAGGACAGAUGGAGAUUUAA